GGUCGUUGUAAAUGGUGAUCCCGAGUAUUGUUAUUAGUUUUUUCGUUAUGGCGAGUAUGAAUCCGAAAACUUCACCGUUUCCAGGUGGUUUUGACCUUCGGCAUCGUCUUAAGUUCACUCAAGAGGGUUUAGAAGACGAUCUGUGGUAUGUAACGCAUCUUUCAAUGAGCCCAAAACAAGACGUGUUUGCAGUUGGAGGACCACAAGGCUCUAUUAAGCUUUUAAACAUGGACACCCUUCUUUAUGUUGCAGAUUUUAAAGCUCAUUCUGCAAGGAUUACAGGUAUAGAAUAUUGUCAUACUAAUGAACACUGCUUCUGGUCCACAUCCAUGGAUACUGCGCUUAGUUACUGGGAUUCAAGAAAGGCAUUUAAAGCACCAGUUUACAGGAUCCUGAGCCCAAACAACUGCUCUUUUACUGCUUGUGGUUUGAAUUGUUCAGAUGAAAUUGUUGCAGCUGCUACAGAGCCUUAUGGUGAAGAUGUCUGUCUCUACCUCUGGGAUAUUAGACAACUUAAUGCUGAAAAGUUGCUGCAGACUCACAUGGAUAUGUACACAGACUCGCAUAAUAGUGAAAUUACUCAGAUCCAGUUCAGUCCACUUCAGACUCAUCAAAUGGCAACUGGCUCCACUGAUGGUUUGAUCUGUUUAUUUGAUGUAUCUAAAGGAAAUGAAGAUGAUGCCCUGGACUCAGUACUAAACACAGGAUCCUCUGUGAGUCAAAUUGGUUAUUUUGGUCCAAAGUUGGCAGACCUCUAUUGUCUGACUCAUAUUGAGACUCUUCAGCUGUGGGAUACUGUUGAGGGUACAAUGACUACACAUUUCACCAACCCCAGGGAAGAAAAUGGGACUGAAGACAAUUUUGACUACUUCGUCAAUUGCAUCCAUCACCCAACAGAAAAACAGUUGUACUUUGUUGGAGGCACAAACAGUGGCCGCCUUCAUGUGUUUCAUGUCAAAGAUUCUGAGUUGGAGCCGGUUUGCCCUUUGAUGGGAGGACACACUUCCACCGUCAGAUGUCUUCAGUGGGAUUACAAAUCUGAGACCCUUUUGACCGGAGGGGAAGAUUCUAUAAUUUCCUGUUGGAGGUCUGCAAGGCCUCAGACGAGCGCGGCAGGCAAGGCUGAAUCAGGCAUGAAGGACAAAUUAAAAGUUCACGGAAACAAGCCUUACAACAAACCGGCCGGUGACGCACAAGAGACGUAACCGCGCGUGAUCUGUUGGCAGCGCUCGACAGCGCUUCUGAAGCUGUAGAGGCAAAUACCGUCUGGGAAGUCACAUCACUUUAAGGAGGAAAUACUUCGACACAUUCGAAACUGCUGAGCACUAAUGCGACUAUUUCGAGUUUGUCGCUCGAAAUCCGUUCCAAUCUUCUCCGUACUUAAACAUCGGCGUUCCUCUUUCACUCAUUCUUACUUCUUUGGUGUUUAUCUACACAAGCAAACGGCUUCUAUUUAAUAUUUUAAAGUAACUUCCUUACGAUAGUUUGAUGCCAGUAUUUUUUGCAACGUCAAAAUUAGCUUUUACUGAUUGAAAUAGGAAGAAAUUCGAGUAUAGUGACUAAAUCGUUUAAAUGAACUCUGAACCGAACCUAGGAAUCAAUCAAAAGAGAAUCACCAUGGCUGAAGAUGGAGAAGAUUGAAAAAGAUUGCAAAUGACGAAUUUGAGGAAUUAUAGAGGAAUAUUUUUAAGAUACCUAGGCCGCGACACAGCUCCCGUAAGGUUUUAAUUUAUUUAAGGGCACCUGUCCAAGACGCCAGUACGACACAAAAAUUUCCGCGAUCGUUGAUACUGUAUGCCUCGGAAGGCAACUUUUACACGUUUUUUUUUAGCAUCACUCAGUUUAUUUUAGGACCCCAGAUGUAAGAAUUCAUGGUUGCAUGUUAGCAGCCGAAAACGGCUAACGGUGUGCGUGGGUAACCCGGCGAGAGUGACGCAACAGAGUCACGAUAGCUUGUGGAAAGAUAGAAUGACCACCCAGAACUAUUCAGACACUUCUGGCACAUACCGGCGAGGACUAAAACUGAGAGAGACAGUUUUGAUAAGCUUGCCAGCAGCGCCCCCCUAGAAUUAAGUUAUUAUUUUUGUUAUUUUCAUUUCCACGUGCCGCUAUUUACGCCACUCAGGCAUCACGUUCACUUCGGCAGCUCAUAGUAAGCCCCUUAUAAGUUGGCAUCAACUACUCCUUCUCCGGAGCUCAUCAAUCCAUAGGAGUGAGUAGCAUCCAAUUUCUCCUCAUAAUAUUACUAGUGAAUAUAACAUGUAGGUCACAAGGAUAAAGGAAGUCUUAAAAUCUGAAGGAGCUAUUGAUUGUUAAAAAAAUUUCCUAUGUUACUACCUAGGAAAUGUAUAGAAUGUGCAUACUGAUAGUAGGAUGUAAAGGGAACGACUCCUCUUUACACACUGUCGCUAUGAUGAUUCGAGUAUGGUAACUUUCUAUUGUGUCACAAGGUAACUCGAACUGAGAGGCGUGCCAUUUUGUCUGAAAGUACAAGUACGAUUUCAAAUCGAAAUUACAUGACACGAAAUUAUACUGUUUUUUAUAUAUCCAUUUUAUAAUUGUCCUUCAUCGUUAUUCGGAAUCGAUCAUCAAAUCCGUUUAUUGACAAAAGGUGCUAGCAACACUUCUCAAAUUGAUCGACUAUGAGUGUAACAGGCUUCGAAAUCUGAUUGUUUCAGUAAAAGAUGCAAUUAGAACAAGAAAUCGUGCGAUUCGUUAAUAAAUCGCACUGCUAUGAGUCAAUCAGAUUGCACGAUAAACCAGUUAUUUCAUUAUGGACUUACAUGCAUGUAUAUGAAUGUAAAAAGUUCGAGCCGUAAAGGUUAUGACCAAAUGCUUCAGCUGUAAUUUCUGUAAGGUUCACGCGUUUAUAGAUGAUCGCAAACUUUCUCUUAAGAUAUUUUACUAAGGAGGACGUUUUACACUUAAUUACUGUUACGAAUGAAAUGACUAAUUUGUAAAUAAA